CCCAACUGUAGUUUCCUUCUUCCCUUCUCUCCUUCUCUAUUCACUAAUAAUCCUACAAACUCCUGUUCUCUCAAUUUCUGUCCGAAAUUUCUCAACAUGUCAGCAAUGGGCCCAUUCCCAGAACCCGCCGAGGGCUGCAAGCCACCCGCUGCUCCCGCCUUGACCGCCGACCAGCAGACCAAAUACGACCAGCUCCUUGCCGAUGUUCGCACCUGGGACUCACUGCCAACAACUUUGGCAAAGGCCACCGAAACCUCUCCCGUCACUGACGAUGAGCGCAUGUGGCUCACCCGCGAAUGUCUUCUCCGAUAUCUCCGUGCUGUAAAGUGGAAUGUUCAACAAGCUGCAGAACGCCUACGCUCUACGGUGAUAUGGCGGCGUGAAUACGGCACUGACACCUUUACUGCCGACUAUAUUUCUGAGGAAAAUGCCACUGGCAAGCAAGUCUUGCUGGGAUUCGACAAGGAGGGAAGGCCAUGCCUCUACCUAUUGCCCCAGAACCAGAACACCAAGGAAUCCCCCAAACAGGUUGAGCACUUGGUAUACAUGCUAGAACGCACCAUUGACAUUCAUCCGCCAGGCCAGGAGGGCCUAGCACUGUUGAUUGACUUUAAGAACACCGGAUCUGGAGGAAUCCCUAGCCUGGCUACAGUAAAGCAAGUCCUUUAUAUUCUGCAGAACCACUACCCUGAGCGACUUGGCAGGGCGCUGCUCACCAAUGUUCCCUGGUUUGUCACUACGUUCCUGAAGCUUAUCCAACCCUUUAUCGAUCCCGUCACCAAAUCGAAGAUGAAGACGAACGAGCCUCUUCCAAGCCACGUCCCCGCUUCUCAGCUCAUGAAGGUUUCUGGUGGAGAUGUCGACUUUAAAUACGAGCACUCUGUGUACUGGCCUGCUCUUGACAAGCUCGUCACUGAGAGGAGACAGCAAAGGAAAGAGCGGUGGGAAAAGGCUGGCAAGAUUAUUGGAGAGAGCGAAAUCUAUUUGUGGGGUGGAGACGAGCCGAGCCUCAACUCUGGAAAGGCCGAAGUGCCAGCAGCGACCGAAAAGGCAGAAGCAGCCAACUCAAAAGAUACAGCAACGCCUGCCGUGGUUGGAGAUGCCAACGGCACCGAGCUGGUUGAAGGUGUUGAGAAGCUCGCCAUCGAGGGGGGCGUGCCGGUCAAGGCUGAAGCCUGAGCUUAGACUUUGCUUCUGAACAUUUGCUUGUUACCUAAUCGAUAGACAUGUAUGAAACACGCACAUGAUAGACUACGUGAGUCCAGGUUCAAUGGCCCUGAUUAUACACAGAGUUGGAUGAGAUAUUCACGAAAUCAAUAUUCUUUCUUCUAUCUAUUGAUGUGUACAUAAUUGAUGGCGAUUGUAGGGAUACAAAACCAGGCAAUAUUUGGGGGCCAAGAUGCUCGUGUUACUAAUCGCUUGACUUUUUCCCCUCUAUUUGCUAUAUAGCAUAUCAGAUCGAUUAUCUC